AUGCAGGUGAAUGCGAUUUCUAUCGCUGGAGAGCUAGGACUAUAUCUUCCAGUCCCAAUAUUCGGUUACAUAUGCGACCAACUGGGACCUGACCGGCUCAGUAUCCUUUCCGCAGCUUUCUUCGGUUCCGGAUACGCUUUGGCAUCACUCGCUUUCUCGAGCGAUUUUACCUACCAGUAUAUGGUUAUUGCAUUUGCUCUGGUAGGGAUGGGUACCAGUGCCAUGUACUUCUCUGCUGUCACAACCUGUGCGAAGAACUUUACAAGUAGUAGGGGUCUGGCAUUAAGCUUCCCAAUUGCAAGUUUCGGCUUGAGCGGAUUGUGGCAGAGUCAACUUGUUUCCCGAGUUUUUGUGGAUGCGAGUGGGGCAGUGAUGGUGAAUUCCGUAUUUGUGGCCUACUCUGUAUACUUAAUCUUUGUUGGGCUAGUCGGAGGUGUGCUCCUUCAAGUUUUCCCCGAAGAAGUUGUUAGUGGAGAGGUAUAUGAAGAUAAUUACGAUGAUGAGGAGGAGGACGAGGAAGAAGGACGACUAUUACGAGAGGAGGAGACGAGUUACGGCACCAGCAUCAGUUGUGAUAGCGUCGAUAGCAUCAUUGACGAUAAGCGCUGGAUCAAUAAUGCCACCCGAAGCUUCCUCCUCGAUAAAACUAUGUGGCUCUUCGCUACUGGAGUCUUCCUCGUCACCGGCCCUGGCGAAGCCUUCAUAAACAAUAUGGGCUCCCUCGUCCUCUCACUCACUCCUCCCGCAACCACCAGUACCCAAAUCGAUCCGGCAACCCACGUAUCACUUAUAGCCAUAUCUUCCACUGCGGCCCGAAUAAUUGCAGGUGUUGUAUCCGAUUACCUUGCUCCCCCAGCCUGUCAUGCCGUGCACAGUUCUCGCCCCCGUUGCUCCCGGAUGGUGUUUCUUCUAUUUUCUGGCACCCUCCUCCUCAUGGCACACCUUCUUCUGGCAUCAGGUUACAUUCAGCUGCACCCAUCGCAGUUCUGGAUUGUCUCUUCCUCAAUUGGUGCUGGCUAUGGUGCGACAUUUACAUUAGCACCAACAGUGGUGAGUGUAGUAUGGGGAACUGAGAAUUUUGGCACAAAUUGGGGAAUGGUGUGCAUGACCCCUGCGUUGGGAGCAACAGCCUAUGGUGUGAUAUAUGCAACUGUGUAUGAUGAGCAUGCUGGUGAUGAUGGGAGAUGUUUUGAUCACAGGUGCUACGCCAAGACAUUUGGAAUAAUGGCGGUGGGAACUCUGGUGGCUAUGGCAGGCUGGGUGUAUGCCUGGAGAAUGUGGAAGAAGAGGGGAGUGGUAGUUUAG